AUGACAUCUCCAGUGUUUGUUCUCUAUCUCACAUGUCUGUUUGUGGGCAAAACAGCUCAGACAACUUCUCUGAAAUCCUCCUCAUCUGUUCAUCAAGACAGUGGUUUUAUAUCAGCUGAUGUUGGUGACAACGUAACGCUGCAAUGUUACUAUGAAGGUGAUUUUGCAAUGAGAUUUGAUUGGUAUAAGCAAACUCUGGGACAGAAACCAAGGCUCAUCUCCACCUCCUAUGAGUAUGAAGGAAAAUACACUUUUCAUGAUGAAUUCAAGAACAAUCCACACUUAACACUGGACAAAAAUAAUUUGACGAUCACAGAUUUGCAGAUUUCAGACUCAGCUACGUACUACUGUGCAGUUGGUAAUUCAUUGACGUUAGAAAUAGCAAACCUAGCUAUAGUCAAUGUGAAGAGUUCAAGUUUGAACAUCCAAGCUUUGGUGCAUCAGUCGGCAUCUGAGAGCAUCCAGCCAGGAGGCUCUGUGACUCUGAACUGUACAGUACACACUGGGACCUGUGAUGAUGGAGAACACAGUGUUUACUGGUUCAAAUACUCUGAAGAAUCUCAUCCAGGACUCAUUUACAUACAUGGAGGCAGGAAUGAUCAGUGUGAGAGGAACACCAACACACAAACACACACCUGUGUCUACAACUUGCCGAUGAAGAGUCUGAAUCUUUCUCAUGCUGGGACCUACUACUGUGCUGUCGCCUCAUGUGGACAGAUACUGUUUGGAGACGGGACCAAGCUGAAUGUUUGCAAUGAGGUAGACUCUCUUGUCUUGGUGUAUUUCUUGAGUGGAGCUUUGGCGUUAACCACCAUCCUCAGUGUUUUACUGGCUUUCUCAAUGUACAAGAUGAAAAGAAUUGGCCAGUGUACAGAGUCUCAAGCAACAUUUUCAGCUCCUUCUGUGACAAAUGGCGAGAGUCACCAAGACGCAGACAACAUGCAAUAUGCUGCUUUCACUGUGAAGCUGCCCAACAGAUCAAGAAGACUGAGGAACAACUCCAAUGAUGAAUGUGUGUACUCCAGUGUAAAGUAG